UUGAUGUGGCCACGUACUGGUAUUUAAAAGCCACACCCGUGAGUUGCAGUGGAGUCUGUAGCUGAGUUAGUCCCUGUUCAGUGGCUGAGCACACGGUUCAUUCUAAAAGCAAAAUGGCGAAGAUCCGGGAUUUAUUGGCUGAAGUGUGCCUGGGUGGUGAUGAGAUUUCCGCUGGGGCCACAGUGAAGCCGUUCCCUAACUUUGUCGCAGACAGCGAUGCCGCGGUGCUGCUUCGUGCCAUUGAAACUAAAGGCAUUGAUGAGCACACCAUCAUCGACGUACUGACCAGCCGAAGCAAUGCACAGAGACAAGAUAUCGCCUUCGCCUUUGAAAGGUUGGGAAAGAAGAAGCUGGAGGAUGUUCUGAACUCUGUCCUCAAGGAGCCUCUGAAGGCUGUCAUCCUCGGUCUGUUGAAAACUCCAGCCAAGUACGAUGCUACGGAAAUGAAGAAAGCAGUCAAGGGCAUGGGAACAAAUGAAGCCACUCUGAUUGAGAUCCUGUGCUCUCGCUCAAACAGGGAGAUCAAGGAGAUGAACAAGGUUUAUGAAGAACUUUUCAAGAAAAGCAUGCUAAGUGAUAUCAAAGACGACACUUCGGGAGACUUCUCUAAACUUCUGUGUGCCUUGGCGAAGGGUAAUCGAUCGGAGCCAUCCAACGUGGAGGAUUACAGCCUGAUUGACUCUGAUGCUCAGACACUCAAUGAAGCUGUACAGCAAAAAAAAGGAAUGGACACGGCAAAGUGGAUCAGCAUACUGACCGAGAGGAGUGUUCCCCACCUAAAGAGAGUUUUCCAGCGAUACAACUCCUACAGCCCCAAAACCGUCAGUGAAAGCAUCAAAGAAGACCUUUCAAAAGAUCUGCGAUGUAAUCUUUUGGCCCUGGUGCAAUGCAUCCAGAGCACUCCCGAGUUCUUUGCUGACAAGUUGUCUCCGAUAACAAAGGGCGACCUGAAGCGAGAUGUAUUAACCAGGAUCAUGGUGUCGCGCUGUGAGAUCGAUCUGCUAUCAAUCAGGAAAGAAUUCAAGAAGAAAACUGGCAAAUCUCUCCACCAAUGUAUAAAGGCUGCAACCAAGGAUGACUAUGAGCGGGUCCUGCUGGCUCUCUGCGGAGGAGAUGACUAAAUAAAACAACACAUGAGGGACUCCACUUCUAUACCGCCCUCCUGGAGCAGGGGGGCUGUAUGCAGGCUGAACCACUCAACCUUCCUCAUUCUGUUGUGUAGCAGCAAAGUAUUCAAUAGUAUUUUAUCAUGAGAUUGUGAUGGAAUUUCCUUGUGGUCAAUCAAUAAAUGUUUGAAAAUACUCCUCGAGGCCACCUGCGGUUGAAUAAACUCAGAGCAAAAGUUUGGGUUUGAGUUCCUGCCACUAGGUGGUUGAGGUCAAAUAAAGGCAACUCUUGUUCAGGAUGCACGUUGGUAGCUGAAUAUGGCAGAUGUGUACACCGUGUGCACUAUAAUUACAGUACUGUGCUCUAACAUGUACCCACCUUACAGCAGGAUAUGCUUUUAACCACAGUCCCUGUAUAUGAAAUUAAAAAAUGGAAUGAUUACCUGAA